AUGGCUGCUAUUACGGAUUUGGCUACGCCGUCAGCUUUUGCUCGAUCACCAUCACUUGUUUGGGAAUCUUAUCAUUAUCGACGAGAACUUAUGCGAACUAAAGAACCUAAUAAAGCUCAUUUAGCAUUGGCCGAAGCUGAAAAACGUAAUCUUUUCACGACUCGAUGUACAUCCUGUGGUUUUAUUGAAGAAAACAACGAUAGUCCAAUUUGUGAAGCUCUACGAAAUCGAGGAUUACCAAAUGAGAAUGGUCCUGAGAUUGCAGUGAAAGAUCUUCCUAGUUGUCGUCAAUGUCAAUCUCUUGUUCGUCCUUAUGUCGUUUGGUUUGAAGAAUCAGUUUGGCCUGACGUUUUGAAAAAAAUCGAUGAAGAAAUCACUCAAUGUGAUCUAUUCUUAGUUGUGGGAACAUCAGCAAUUAUCUAUCCGGCUGCAGCCUAUGCUAUGAUUGUUGCAAGGCGUGGUAUCCCUGUAGCUGAAGUAAAUAUUGAAAAGACUCCUUCUACUUCUAUCUCAACGUAAGUUCGUUUCUCUUGUUUCAUAUUUUGAAUGUCUCUUUGUAGUUUUCAUUUCGAAGGUCCCGCUGG